GGAGCUUCGGCGGUUGAACCGCUCGUGAGGAGGGGUCUCCGGGGAGAAGGGACCCUGGCCAUGGAGCAGCCAGCCGGCCUGCAGGUGGACUACGUCUUCCGGGGCGUGGAGCAUGCCGUGCGGGUGGCAGUUUCUGGACAGGUGCUGGAGCUGGAGGUGGAGGACCGGAUGACCGCUGACCAGUGGCGCGGCGAGUUCGAUGCCAGCUUCAUCGAAGACUUGACGCACAAGACAGGGAACUUCAAACAGUUCAACAUCUUCUGUAACAUGCUGGAGUCGGCCCUCACACAGAGCAGCGAGUCCGUCACCCUGGACCUGCUGACCUACACAGACCUGGAGUCCCUGCGGAACCGCAAGAUGGGGGCCCGGCCCGGCUCGCUGGCCCCCAGGUCAGCCCAGCUCAACUCCAAGCGCUACCUGAUCCUCAUCUACUCGGUGGAGUUUGACAGGAUUCACUACCCGCUGCCGCUGCCGUACCAGGGCAAGCCUGACCCCGUGGUCCUGCAAGGCAUCAUCCGCUCGCUGAAGGAGGAGCUGGGCCGCCUGCGCAGGCCGGACGGCCAGGACCCUCGGGACUCCCGGGACCCCGAGAUCUGGCACCUGCGGGAGCAGGUGUCCCGCCUGGCCUCCGAGAAGCGCGAGCUGGAGGCCCGGCUGGGCCGCGCGCGCGAGGAGGCGCUGGCCGGCCGGGCGGCGCGCCAGGAGGCCGAGGCGCUGCGCGGGCUGGUGCGCGGCCUGGAGCUGGAGCUGCGGCAGGAGCGCGGCCUCGGGCACCGGGCGUCGGGCCGCCGCGGCCAGGACUGCCGCCGCCUGGCCAAGGAGCUCGAGGAGGCGAAGGCGUCGGAGCGGAGCCUGCGCGCCCGGCUGAAGACGCUGAAUGGCGAGCUGGCCCUGUACAAGAGAGGGAGGCGGCCUCCGCCGGUGGCUCCGGCCUCGGCCCGCGAAGACCGGGCUUCGUCGUCCCGGGAGCGCUCUACGUCUCGGGGCCGCGGGGCCGCCCGUUCCUCAUCCCGAGAGAGCAGCCGCGGGGGCCGGGGUCGGGGCCGGCCUGCUCGCCCCACGCCCUCACCCACAGGUGGUCGUGUCACCCGCUUCGACCCCACGGCCUUUGUGAAAGCCAAGGAGAAGAAGCAGAAAGAGAUCAGAAUGAAGCAGCAGCAGCAGCAGCGGAACCGCCUGGGCUCCGGAGGAAGUGGGGACGGCCCAUCCGUCUCAUGGUCUCGCCAGGGCCGGCCUCCUGCCGCUGUGAGCGGCCGGGGGGACGCGGCCAACCGCUCCCGACACCGCAGCUCCUCGGUGGACAGUUUCCGCAGCCGCUGCUCCUCGGCCAGCUCCUGCAGUGAGCUGGACUUCUCCCAGUCGCUCUCCAGAAGCACUCGCGGGCUCCGGAAGCGUUCCAGCCCCAUCUCCUGGAGUGGGUCCCACACGAAGUCCGUGCCUCUGGAACACAGCCACCGUCAGAGACGCCUGGCCAACUCAGGGGGCUGGGUCCCCAUCAAAGAAUACAGCUCCGACCACCAGGCGGCCGACAUGGCCGAGAUAGAUGCCCGCCUGAAGGCCUUGCAGGAGUACAUGAACCGGCUGGACACGCGAUCAUGACCGUGGCGGGGGGGGGGUGCCCCUCCAUCCUCCGCCCACCUGAGAAUGGGGUGGGGCAGCGCCCUGGUCCUCCCCGGGGGCCCUGACCCUGCCCUCUCCCCGGCCACACCUGCCUUUGUAAAUAAACAUCUUUGUCC